CGUGGGGCAGUGUAGCAGUCAGGGAAGGUAGGCUGUGCUCUGUAACAAAUAACCCCCUGUCCCACAGUUCACUCUACACAUGCAUUUUUCUGUCUCGUUAUAUGCCCUGUGUGGGUCAGUCAGGAGGAGGUACUCUGCUCCACAGAGUCCCUCGGAGACCCAACGCGAUGGCACGCUGCCAUCUUGUAGCUGCGCCAGCUAGAAUAUGUGCCCUCCACAUCCCGUCAGCCAAGAACAAAAGUGCCGGGCGAUGGAAGAGCUUGGUGACGGAUGGUGCAGAUGGUAGCACAACACUGGGACUGUAAUUCACACCACUGAACUGAAAACUUAAACGGGAAAUGUUUGUUGUGUGUGUGUCACCGCAAUAAAAAUAGUUGACAGUGCUGGAGGGUCCCAGCUAGGGGUCACACACUCGGGCCUGGAAGUGACACUCAGUGGUUCUGUCCAUGGCCCGUUGGCCAGAACGAACCCCCUGGCCAUCCGACUGCAAGGGGGCUGGACAUGAGGGCUGCAGGGGAUGUCGGUGACCGUCACCAUCUGCCACGGUCAGGUGCACCCCCCACCCUCACCCCCAGCUGUCCAGGGGGAGGCAGGAGUGGGAGCCCAAGGCUCAGCCUGCUCCCCUUUCCCUGCAUUUUCCCUCGUCCCGUGUCCUCGGCCACAGCAUUUCUGUUUCCUUCUGUCCUGUGCUCUCUCCACAGGCCCUGAAACCCUUUCCGGGAUGACGGCCAUAAUUAGUUGGUCAGUCCCUGCGUUCUGUGCUGCCUCCUGGAGCUCUGGCUGGUGCAGCCAGGGUCUCGCACCAAGCUCCAAAAAGGAGGGUUGAGCUUUUUGAGCUCUGCAGGGCAGACCAGCCCCCACGAGGCUGGUGGAUCACCUAGGGCAGGGAAAGGGUCGCUGGGCCCCUCCACUUGUGUCUGCACGGUCUGAUCUUUCCUUUCUUUUAUUAACUGAAGCAGUUGUAGGCGUACAGAAAAAAAUAGUGCAGAAAGUACAGGGUUCCCAUAUACCCCCUCACACACACAAUUUUCCCUAUUAUUAAUUCUUUGCAUUAGUGUGGUAACUUUGUUACAAUUGAUGAAACAAUUCUACUAUGAUUACACUAGUGACUGUAGUCCAUAGUUCAAAUUAGAGGUUGCUGUUUGUGUUGUGUAGUCCAUUGGUUUUUAAAAUUUUUAUUCUUGUAACAUAUAUACAUCCUAAAGUUUCCCAUUUUAACCACUUUCAGGGACAAUUCAGUGGUGUGAAUUACGUUCACAAUGUUGUGCUACGGUCACCACCAUCCAUUACCAAAACUUUUCCAUCCUUCUGAAUAGAAACUCGAUAGCAAUUAAGCAUUGGCUCCCCAUUCUCCACCUCCACCCCAGCCCCUGGUAACCUGAUUUUAGUUUCUGAUUCGAUGAAUUUACAUAUUCUAAUUAUAUUAUUAUAUAUUAUUACAUAUCAGUGAGAUCAUACAGUAUUUGUCCUAUUUUGUCUGGCUUGUUUCACUGAACAUGGUAUUUUCAGGGUUUGUUCAUGUUGUCACAUAUGUCAGAACUCCAUUCCUUUUUAUUGCUGUAUAAUAUUCCACUGUGUGUCUACACAUUUUCUUCAUCCAUUCAUCGGUUCAUGGACACUUGGGGUGCGUCCAUCUUUUGGCGAUUGUGAAUGAUCCUGCUAUGAACGUCGGUGUGCGACUAUCUGAGUCCCGCUUGCCAAUCUUUUGGAUAUAUACCAAGUAGAGGGAUUGCUGGGUCAUAUGGUAGUUCUAUACUUAACUUUUUGAGGAGUCACCACACUGUCCACAGUGGGUGCACCAUUUUACAUUCCUGCCAAGCAUGAGCAAGUGGUGCUGUUUCUGUUAUUGUCAGUUUUUUCCACAUAGCCGUCAUGGUCCCCCACGUGCAGCCCCCCACUUGUGGCUGCACAGAGAGGAGCCUGGGGGGCUGGCUGGGCCGGGCCGCUGACCAGUCCUUUCUCAACGUGGAUCCGCUCCCCCUCCAGCUUGUGCUCACCCAGUGUGUGUGCUUAUGAGUGCAUGAGCGUGUGCGUGUGUGUAUCCACAGCCAGUCCUUGUUAUUCAUGGAUUCUGUUUUUACGAGUUUGCCUACUCACGUAAGUUUAUUUGUAACCCCAAAGUCCUGACCUGCGGAGGCUUUUGCGGCCAUUCGCAGACACGCUCAGAGCGGUGAGUUGCCAGCAUGUGUGGUCUCAGCAGAGGGGAGCGAGGCCACGCACUGCCUUCUUGUUUCAGUUCUCAGACUGUAAACCACUGUCCUUUCUGUGGUAUAGUUACUGCCAUGUAUGUUGCAGUUUUAUGCUUUUUCUUGGUGAUUUUGCUGUUUAAAAUGGCCCUGGAGCGUAGUGCUGAGGCACUGCCUAGAGUUCCUAAGCACAAGGCUGCAGUGUGCCUUUUGGAGAAACUAUGAGUGUCAGCUCAGCUUCCCCCCGGCUUGAGCCAUGGUGCUGUUGGCCGGGAGCCAGUGUUAAUAGAUAUUAUACAAUGAUAUGUAUUAAAUAAGGAGUUUUUGAACAGAAACACACAGAAAACAGGUUUGAUGACAAUGUUGUGAUCAGAGGCUCACAAGAACCUAACCCAGUGUUUCCUCUAGGAGUGAUGGUUCAGUAUUUGCUGAUUCAGUGUUCACGGCAACUUCAGAGAACAUGACUGCCAUGAAUAAUGAAAAUCGACUAUAUAUAUAAAUGUAUACAUAUGUAUGUAUAUAUACAUGUUUAUAUAUGUGUAUAUAAAUAUAUAUAUCUAAAACUGUGUGUGUGUGUAUAUAUAUACAUUUUUUUUUUACUCUCUUGUUGCUAAUCUUACUCAACCACAUAUAAAGUUUCCCAAACAUUCCAUGCUUGCUUCUAUCUCAGGGUCUUUGCUCAGGCUGUUCUACCUUCCCCCCAUCUCCCACCUGUCCUGUCUGUGUGGCCAACUCCUACUCACCCUUCAAAUCACAGCUCAAGUGUCACUUCCUCCAGGAAGCCCUCCCUGACUGCUGUGUACAGACCUCCAUCAUUACCCAUAGGACACUGGGUCCCAGAGCCCCAGAUAACCCAAGUGGCCUCACCUAUGGGGCUCUUUGCUCCUGUAAGGGCUGGACUCUGGCUUACCCUCUCCAGCCCCCAGUACCUGGCACAGGCCUCACCACACAGUGAUGCUCAGUAAAUGUUGAGUGAACAAGUUCAAGGCUGGAAGAGGAGCGAGGUAAGCUUGAGAUGGCUCUACAAUAACAGUCCUAAUUUGUAUCAAAUAUCAGCCAUACGUGUAUCAUUGAACUUAAUCCUCAUGGCAAGUCUGUGAGACAGAUUCUUUGAUAUCCCCAUUUUACAGAUGAGAAAACUGAGGCUGCAGGAGUUAAGUUGCCUGCCCACUAGCUGUUAAGAGGCAGAGCUGGAAUCUGAGCCCAGCAGGCAGGCUGGCUCCACAGAAUACAUUGUGACCCACCCUGGCUGGGGGUAGGGGAAGGUUGGGGUGUCUGGUGAGAUGGCGGGGAGGCAGAGAAUGUGGGGCAUGCCCUCGGUGGUUUCUAUCUCUUUGGGUUCACACUUGAAAGGCAUCAACAAACAGGUCAGCAAUAAUUAUACCCCAUCCCAACCCUGUCUCGGGCGGUCCAUGGAAACGGCCACCACCUCCACCUUUGGACCUGCCACCUUCAGAGCUAUGGCACCUGGUCGCGCCAUCUUACCAAUUCUCCAGGUGUGGGUUCCCAGGUGUCACACUAUUGGGAUGGUGAGCCUCACGUCCCUUUGUCUCAUCUUGUCACCCCCAGAUGUCAUGGCACCCCCAUUACCGGAGCUCCAAGUUCCGCCACGUCUUUGGCAAACCAGCCAGCAAGGAGAACUGCUACGACUCAGUGCCCAUCACCCGCAGCGUCCACGACAAUCACUUCUGUGCCGUGAACCCUCACUUCAUUGCCAUCGUGACAGAGUGUGCCGGUGGGGGUGCCUUCCUUGUCAUCCCCCUGCCCCAGACGGGAAAGUUGGAUCCCCACUACCCGAAGGUCUGCGGACACAGAGGGAACGUUCUAGACAUCAAAUGGAACCCUUUCAAUGACUUCGAGAUCGCCUCCUGUUCUGAAGAUGCCACGAUUAAGAUCUGGGACAUCCCGAAGCAGCUGCUGACCAGGAACCUCACGGCCUGCAGGAAGGAACUCGUGGGCCACGCCCGCCGAGUGGGCCUGCUGGAGUGGCACCCCACGGCCGCCAACAUCCUCUUCAGCUCCGGCUACGAUUACAAGGUGAUGGUCUGGAACCUGGACACGGAGGCGUCCGUCAUCAUGGGCCCCGUGAGGACCGUCGACUGCCACCAGGACGUCAUCCUGUCCAUGUCCUUCAACACCAAUGGCAGCCUGCUGGCCACCGCCUGCAAGGACCGCAAGAUUAGGGUUCUUGACUCCCGCACGGGGACCAUCCUCCAGGAAGCCAGCUACAAGGGACACCGGGCCAACAAGGUGCUGUUUCUGGGGAACCUGGAGAAGCUGGUGUCGACGGGCACAUCCCGGUGGAACAACCGGCAGGUGGCCCUGUGGGAUCAGGACGACCUGUCGGUGCCCCUCACGGAGGAGGACUUGGACGGCUCCUCGGGCGUACUCUUCCCCUUCUAUGACGCGGACACCAGCAUGCUCUACGUGGUGGGGAAGGGAGACGGGAACAUCCGCUACUACGAGGUCAGCCCCGAGAAGCCGCACCUGAACUACCUGACCGAAUACCGCUCCUAUAACCCACAGAAGGGGAUCGGCGUCAUGCCAAAGAGAGGCCUCGACGUGUCAUCCUGCGAGAUCUUCCGCUUCUACAGGCUGAUCACAACCAAAAGCCUCAUCGAACCCCUGUCCAUGAUCGUGCCCCGGCGGUCGGAAUCCUACCAAGAGGACAUCUACCCCCCCACGGCUGGGGCCCAGCCCUCCCUGACGGCCCAGGAGUGGCUGAGUGGGCUGAACAGAGGGCCAGUCCUGGUGUCCCUCAGGCCCGGCUCCGAGCUGCUGAACCCCCGGCCACCACCCCCAGAGAGGCCCGUCUCCAACUCCACGGCUCUGGCCUUAGCCCGGCCCCUGGCCCGGACAGAAAGGCUGAGUCCCAGGGACGGCCGGAGACCCUUCUCCCUGCCGGAGGAGGUGACACCGAGGUGGGCCGCAGAGCACAAGCUGGAGGAGAAGAAAACCUGGAUGGCAAAUGGCUUUGACAUCUUUGAAUGCCCCCCACCAAAGACGGAGAACGAGCCUGGGGGUCGGCAGGGAGGCCCCACACCGCCGCUGGCCUCUCCCAGGGGGUCGUAUCCCGGCCCUGCGGGGCACUGAGCAACUGACCUUGACUCCGGGGCUGCGUAUCUCUAAGCUGCUGUUCCGGUUUGCCAAAGCUGCCAUUUGCAAAACACCAGAAAUGGACUGGCUUUUAUAAAGGGGGUUUAUUUGGUUACAAAGUUAGAGUCUUAAGCCCAUGAAGUGUCCAAGGUAAGGCAU